AUGCAAUCUAGUGAUUCCGACAAAAUCAUUGAAAUUCUGCUCAUUCUGUUUCUUCCGCCAUUAGCGAUAUGGUAUCAUGAUAAAACCUGCUCCUGUGCAGUCUGUCUCAAUAUCAUUCUUCUAUUCCUCUUCGUGCUUCCAUCUAUUAUUCAUGCUAUUUGGUACUGCUAUAUCAGAGAAGGACCCGUAAUUUCCCAGUGA